AUUAUAAUAAAAAAAAUUGAUUGCAUUUCCAUUUAAUCCAACAAAAAAAAUAGAGCGUGGGGAGCUGUGUUUAGCAGGAAAUGUGGUUGUUUAGCAGGAAAGGGGCGUCUGGGUUUUCAGCUUCUUCUACAGCUGAAGAAGUUACACAAGGGAUUGAUGGCACUGGUCUAACCCGUCGUCACAGGGGCAUCAAGUGGUAUUGGCACUGAAACUGCACGAGUUCUUGCACUGCGCGGUGUCCAUGUAGUUAUGGCGGUCAAAAAUAUGACUGCUGGGAGGGAAGUUAAAGACACAAUAGCUAAGAGAAAUCCCAAUGCCAAAAUUGAUGCAAUGGAAUUAGAUCUGAGUUCAUUGGCAUCAGUGAGGAAAUUUGCUGCUGAUUUCAUAUCCUCUGGUCUUCCACUCAACAUCCUCAUGUACAACAGCUUAUCUGCAUAUGGCCAGUCAAAGCUUGCCAAUGUCUUGCACGCUAAAGACCUUGCAAGACGUUUAAAGGAAGAUGAAGUGGCCAUAACUGCAAAUUCGCUUCACCCAGGUGCCAUUGCAACCAACCUUUUUCGUCAUUCCAACCUUAUCAAUGGUAUUGUUGGUCUUGUUGGUAAAUAUGUCAUUAAAAAUGUAGAGCAGGGCGCAGCAACUAUUUGCUAUGUGGCAUUGCAUCCACAAAUUACAGGGAAGACUGGCCUCUAUUUUGCAGACAGUAAUGUAGCUGAAACUAGCUUACAAGCUAAUGAUAAUGCCUUGGCAAGGAAACUCUGGGAUUUUACUUUCACGUUGAUCAACAACUGUCCUAACAACACUUGAUAGGCACCAGCGAAAUUUAUACUUGUUUUUUUUUUUUUUUUUGGAUUUUUUUAAUGGUUUUAGUGAUUUGGAUUAAGGUAUUCCAAAUUAAAUUACGAUAUAGGAAAAUACAAUAUAUUUUCAUUUUUCUGUGAUUUUAAA